GUCCAUUAUCACAGAUCUGAACAAGAUAUUCCCCAGCCGAACAUGGAGGUCGUACAAAAGUAUGAGGCCUUCAAAAGGAUUGAUGGCAAGAUGAGAUUUGCCUACGUCCAGGUCUUCGCCCAGCGGGAUGGCGUAUUAUAUUCGGGGAAGUGGCCAAAUCGACUUGAUUCACCGACUACGCUCGAAGAACUCCAGGAAGUGAAGCAAAUACCGACCGAGGACAGGGGCCCGGAGAUGGAGGAAAACUGGUCUCCGGUGUUUGUCAAGACGCCAAGUCUUCUGGCAUAUGUUGAUGGGAACCUCGAAAAGCGAAUUGCUCGCGAAGUUGAAACUUGCGAGAUUCUCCGGAAGAACCCUCAUCCAAAUAUUGCGACGUACUAUGGUUGCAAUCAGAGUCACGGUCGAGUAUCUGGUUUAUGUUUCAAGCGGUAUAUGUGCACAUUGCUUCAGGCGGUCAAUCCUCAAUGCCUUAACAAGGCCGCUUUCCUCUCGAGUGGGCGCGAGCUUGUGACGGAAAGGAUCAAGAGUGGCCUCCAGGGAGUUCUAGCAGCCAUUAAACAUCUUCACUCGCUUGGACUUGUCCACAAUGACAUCAAUCCGGCCAACAUUAUGCUUGACGACGAAGGAGGCCUUAUUCUCAUAGACUUUGACAGCUGUCGGUACAUUGGAGAGUCGCUGCACGGCACCGAAACAAAAAGAACCAGACACUGGCAUGACCCCAACGUCGACGUCUCAACUGAAAAAAAUGACCUUGAUGCGUUCAAAGACCUGCAAACUUGGCUGACUGGGUCAACGAUUGAGGAUUUCAUUUUCCCUUGAACGAUUGUAUAUAGGAUACCAGUACCACGCAAGUUAUCUAGUUCCUUGGCUGUUGCCUUCUUUCUUCCCG